AUGGCUCUUGGAUUGGAGGAUGGCAAAAACAAACUAAGAAGAGAAUCAUACCAUUGCAAACUAAACAUUACUGUCGUCAUGCUGGGCAUCAUCAGUUUUGCUGUUCCAGUUGGAGGAUUUUCCCUGAAGGCUUGCAGAAUCAGCUAUAAUACUGCCAUAUGUGUCGGUAGUAAACUCAGUGCUGUUCCUGGAGAUAUUCCUUCAACUGUGACGGGCCUUGAUUUAGCUAAAAACAAAAUUUCAACAAUUCACACAACAGACUUCAGAGAUCUGCUAAAUAUGACACAAUUAGACCUGAAUAUCAACAGCAUAUCACAGAUAGAUAACGGUGCUUUUUCCAGUCUGAUUUCCCUUCAGACUUUAAAUCUAAAUAGUAACAAACUUGUUACUCUGGGAGAGAAUGUCUUUGAUGGCUUGAGUCACCUUAUUGAACUAAGAAUGAGUUGGAAUCGCAUCAAACAAGUGGCAUCCACAUCUUUUAAGUCCAUGACAAGUUUAAAGCUUCUGGACAUUUCUCAUAAUAAACUGCACCACAUUACACAGGUUCAAAUGAUAUUGCAGCAUCUGCCACAUCUACGUGUGCUGGUAAUUAGUAACAAUGCUUUAACCACUUUUAAUUCAUUUGAACUGACAAACACAUCAGUAGAACUUCAGUCCCUUGAUUUGUCUCAAAACCCCCUCACAGUCUUUAGGAUCACUGCCGAUGUUUUUCCAAGUCUCACCUGGUUUAAAAUUUCCGGCUCAUCCAAAAAGGAACAAAUGAAAUGGGAUGUGCAAAACAAGACUUUUCUGAGUCGUGUGUCUACACUUGAUAUUAGCGGGCUUCAUUUGGCUCACAGGGACAUGGAAACAUUGCUAGAGUCAGUGAACUCAUCGCUCACUAUUCUGAGGAUGAAUGCAAUGAUUCAUAACCUGAGCACACUGAUCAACAUUUCCUGCACCAUCCCAACAAUGACGACUCUCCAACUUCGAAGCAACAGGCUUAAUUUUGUCGGUGCAUAUUUCUUUAAAUUGUGCAUUAAGGUAACUGAGUUGGAUUUGGCAAACAAUCGAAUAAAAAACAUCCAUGAUGAUGCUUUCAGAUCCCUUCAAAAUUUAAGCAUUUUGAGCCUGAGUCACAACAGGCUUCCACUGGUUCCAGCUGCAACAAGGAAUAUACCGACUCUUUCAGAGCUAGAUCUCAGCACCAAUAACAUCAGCACACUGGACUGUCAGGAUUUCACCAAUCAGACAAAGCUCAAAAAGCUUUAUCUUUAUCAGAAUUCAAUCUCAGCUCUGCAAGCUUGUCUUUUCAAGGAUUUAAAACGAUUGCAAACUCUAAAACUACAGACAAACCAAAUAACAAAGUUAAACGGUGCUUUCAAAGAAUAUUUGCCAAACCUUAGACACCUGUAUUUAAAUGGGAACAAACUCACUGCUAUCUAUAAGGAGGAAUUUAAAGGCUUGUACUCCCUCCAGAAAUUGCAAUUACACCAAAAUCAAAUAGAUACACUUGAUCACUUGAGUUUUAUUGGACUGACAAAUCUUACCAACAUUCAGCUACAAAAGAAUUCUAUUUCACAAGAUGAACUGAACAAAGGUGCUUUCCAUACUCUGAUUAGCUUAAAGACAUUGGAUUUGAGUGAAAAUCACAUUACUUACAAGGAAAAUAAAACUUUGUCUGAUCCACCAUUUUCAAAUCUGUCCCAUCUGGAGGAACUGCUUAUUACUUCACAGCACCGCAGGCUGCAUUAUUAUCUGCCAGCCAACUUCUUGCAAGGUUUGACGAAUCUUUUGAGUUUCAAAGCCAAAAAUAUCCGAGUUCGUUCUUUGAGCAAAGACACCUUUGUUUACACGCCACAGCUGCAAGUUCUUGAACUUUCUUCAAAUGAACUUAAAGAACUCUCUCCAGAUCUGUUUUUCCCAAUUCCAAACCUUAGAAGCCUUUACAUAUCCAGGACAAGUCUUUACUAUCUAGACUUCCUUAAAGAUGCCAACCUGACAAAGCUGGAGUUCCUGCAGGCGAGAGAGAAUUUAUAUUCAGUUAUCCACGAAGAAGACAUAACAUCCCUACCAGCUCUGUCUUAUCUGGAUCUUCAGGGCAAUGGGUUCACCUGUAACUGUGAUAACAGCUGGUUCCUACAGUGGGCAAAAAACAACAACAAAACUCAAGUUUUUGAUGCCUAUAACUUUAUGUGCAACUAUCCAAAAGAACUCAAAGGUACAAUGCUGUUGGACUUUGACACCCACUUCUGCUCAACUGACGCUGGCUUCUUUUGCUUUGUCUUCACCACAUGUGCAAUCCUCUGUUUCAUGGUGGUGUCCUUCACCUACCAUUUCAUGAGGUUGCAGCUGGUCUAUGCCUAUUACCUGUUUGUGGCUUGGCUCUUUGACAAAAAGCACAAAAACAAGGAAACUCCUCAUCAGUAUGAUGCUUUCAUCUCCUAUAACAUCCACGAUGAGCCUUGGGUCAUCAAAGAGCUGUUACCCAAACUGGAAGGGGAACAGGGCUGGAGACUGUGCCUACACCAUAGAGACUUUGAACCAGGGAAACCCAUCAUAGAUAACAUCACAGAUGCCAUUUAUGGAAGUAGGAAGACCAUUUGUGUGAUCAGUCACAAAUACCUGGAGAGUGAGUGGUGUUCCAGAGAGAUCCAGGCAGCCAGUUUCCGUCUGUUCGACGAGCAGAAGGACGUGCUCAUCCUGGUGUUCCUGGAGGAGAUUCCUGGACAUCUGCUGUCUCCUUAUAACCGUAUGAGGAAGAUGCUGAGGAAGAAAACCUACCUUAGCUGGCCACGAGCUGGAGAGUACACUGAGCUGUUCUGGGAGAAACUUCGGCAGGCGCUGGAGACCGGAGAAAAUCCAGAUAUAGAAUCAUUUAUUCUCACAGUGUAA